ACACCGAGUACGCGUCACACAGUGGUCAAAAUGUGGUAAACUCAGGAGGCGCAGUCGAGUGAGUCCAGAACAACUUUUCACCACUGUGAUGACGCGUACUCGUUGUCGAUAAGAGUACAGACCACGCUAAACCACAUUCGAUUUGUUAAAUUGUUUUAGUACUAUUUUUUAAUGGCUCUCAAAAUAUAACGAGGAUAUUUAAUUAUUACAGGUGACUAGGUGUUGUCCAGCUAGUCACAGGUGUGGAACAAUUGAAAGUAUAAUAAUUUUUUCCAUUUUGUCGCUAGCGUUGAUGGCCACGCACAUUGUUUGGGUCCGGGAACACAAUCGCAUCGCCAAGUACCUUCAUGUGCUCAAUCCAUCGUGGCUCGAUGAAAGACUCUUCCAAGAGGCGCGCAAAAUCGUCAUUGCUGAGCUACAACACAUCACGUUCAGCGAGUGGCUUCCUGUCUUCUUCAGUGAAGACUUGCAAAAACGUGAAAAUAUUCUUCUGGAACCAUCAGGAAACUACUUUAACGGUUAUGAUCCAAAAGUCAAUCCAGAGAUCAUAAACGCCUUCGCAACGGCGGCUUUUCGAAUGGGUCACUCUAUGAUCAGGGAUGAAUUUGGACAGUUUGACGGGCAGUUUAGACAACAAGGUUUUAUUCCAAUGAAAACAUUUUUUGACCCGUCACCUCUGUAUUCAUUGAGCAAGAAUGGUAUCAGUGGAAUCUUGUUGGGAUUGGUGGCUCAAGCAUCUCUAAACGUAGACAGAUUCUUUGCACCAGCCGUACGAGAGAACCUGGUGACACCUGGACCACCAGUCCAUGGGAUCGUGGGUGAUCUCUCAGCUAUCAACAUCCAACGUGGUCGUGAUCAUGGUUUGCCGCCAUACAACCAGUUCCGAAAGAUCUGCGGCUUGAGUCUCGCAGCGUCCAUUGACAACUUCACGAACAUAAACGCGGCUCAGCGAGAGAGGAUCCGCGUGGCAUACAACGAUAAUGUCAACGACGUCGACUUGUUUGUUGGAGGUUUAAGCGAAAGUCCUUUGCCAGGAAGCACAAUGGGUGCUACCUUUACUUGCAUUCUUGUUAAAGGGUUUAAAAACCUUCGUGAGGGAGAUCGCUUCUGGUACGAGAGGAAUGAUUCCUACACUGGAUUUACAAUGGCUCAGUUGAAUGCGAUUCGAAAUGCAACCCUAGCAAGAGUAAUAUGCGACAACUCAGAUGGGAUUGGGCUUAUCACACCGAAUGUCUUCCUGGAAAGGAGUGUGUCCAAUGAUUUGACAGACUGUUUCAACCUAAAAAUUGUCAACUUGAAUGAAUGGAAAGAAGCGUUGAUGGCCACGCACAUUGUUUGGGUCCGGGAACACAAUCGCAUCGCCAAGUACCUUCAUGUGCUCAAUCCAUCGUGGCUCGAUGAAAGACUCUUCCAAGAGGCGCGCAAAAUCGUCAUUGCUGAGCUACAACACAUCACGUUCAGCGAGUGGCUUCCUGUCUUCUUCAGUGAAGACUUGCAAAAACGUGAAAAUAUUCUUCUGGAACCAUCAGGAAACUACUUUAACGGUUAUGAUCCAAAAGUCAAUCCAGAGAUCAUAAACGCCUUCGCAACGGCGGCUUUUCGAAUGGGUCACUCUAUGAUCAGGGAUGAAUUUGGACAGUUUGACGGGCAGUUUAGACAACAAGGUUUUAUUCCAAUGAAAACAUUUUUUGACCCGUCACCUCUGUAUUCAUUGAGCAAGAAUGGUAUCAGUGGAAUCUUGUUGGGAUUGGUGGCUCAAGCAUCUCUAAACGUAGACAGAUUCUUUGCACCAGCCGUACGAGAGAACCUGGUGACACCUGGACCACCAGUCCAUGGGAUCGUGGGUGAUCUCUCAGCUAUCAACAUCCAACGUGGUCGUGAUCAUGGUUUGCCGCCAUACAACCAGUUCCGAAAGAUCUGCGGCUUGAGUCUCGCAGCGUCCAUUGACAACUUCACGAACAUAAACGCGGCUCAGCGAGAGAGGAUCCGCGUGGCAUACAACGAUAAUGUCAACGACGUCGACUUGUUUGUUGGAGGUUUAAGCGAAAGUCCUUUGCCAGGAAGCACAAUGGGUGCUACCUUUACUUGCAUUCUUGUUAAAGGGUUUAAAAACCUUCGUGAGGGAGAUCGCUUCUGGUACGAGAGGAAUGAUUCCUACACUGGAUUUACAAUGGCUCAGUUGAAUGCGAUUCGAAAUGCAACCCUAGCAAGAGUAAUAUGCGACAACUCAGAUGGGAUUGGGCUUAUCACACCGAAUGUCUUCCUGGAAAGGAGUGUGUCCAAUGAUUUGACAGACUGUUUCAACCUAAAAAUUGUCAACUUGAAUGAAUGGAAAGAAGAACCUGGAAGAAAAGAAUCCUGCCAACACAACAUUGAUGCGGAAAACCUUUUGCAUCGUGAACAUGAAGGGACUAACGACUUUGCUUCUGUGUAACUAACUCACUGAAUUAUAGUCAGGAGGAGGGGAGGGACUACCAUAUAAAAGGGACAAGGGUGCCCGUCGUACCUUUCAGGUGUUGAAAAAGCGGUUUUAUUACCUCUUAGGGUAUUCAGCGUCAAAUGGUCCACACCGAAAACUUUUGCAGUACCUUUAUGGGUAUUGAGCCGAAAAAAAUAUGACAGGAGGUAAAUGUGCCAUUUUAAAAUGGGUACCUCUAACGGUUAAUAAAUUUCCAUGUCAAAAUUUCCGACGAGCUCCUCCGUCCUUUCUAUACGGGAUUUCCCCCCAGGGCUAAGUCCAGGUAGUUUGAUGUUUCUUCUCUCGAUUUGGGAUCGGAGAUGGUCGUCGGAUAAAAGACCCAGUAAGGGUGCCGAACGCGUGUUCGUAUGACUAGCACAACUGGCGUGACUAGCUUUACGAUUAGUUUGUACCCUAGCGUGACAGGUUUGUGCGUAACAGAAUAAAUAAACAUAGUGGGACCAUGCGUUAUUAGGCCAUAAGUAUACUGCUCGUAUGUAAUAAAACCUCUUAAGGGAACUCAAUCACGAUAUUUUGAGUUAUUUUGGCCAUGCAGUACAAAAUUGCCUUCAAAUUGAAGGAAACCUGAAAAUAGAAGUUUAAAACACUAAAGAAAUCAUAAUAAUAAAACAUGAUGAAAGAAGGAUGGUUCAGGAUGGAGAAGAGUAACACAGGUUACAACCGACGCACUUGAAAAAUUUAAGCUAAACUUUUAAAGAUGCGCAAACCGGACGUAGCUCCUUUAAAUUAAAAUAGCGGGAUCAGUCGACGCAAUCACAUCAACCUCAUACCCAGGGUCUUAAUCGUGGUUUUAAAUAAACAGCCAAAGUAAACUAACGAUUCUUUGGCAUGCAAUAAGCGUCAAAGCUUUUGGUGGCUAUGAUCAGUGUGUUUAUAAUUAAAACACGA